AUGCUGGCCAGCUCCUCAUCCAGCCAGAAGGGCUUCGCCGCGUCCAGCCAGCCCUCGCAGAGCCUCAAGCAGACGGACGGGGCACCCAUUGCCGGACGGACCAGCAUCGACCGCGAGGGCACCGGCCUGCAGAUUCCCAAUGGCGGGGCUUCCAGGAACCUGUCGGCCUCGGCCGUCUCCUUCGCUCCCCGAGCCAGCAGCAGCCUCAACCCUGGCGCGGGCCCCGGCAGCUUCAGUUCCGAGCUGCGCAGCCAGGUGGUACCGAUCCGCCAGGGGAGCCGAACCGACGCGGGACCCGUAUACCCGAGCAGCUUCAACGACCAGCUGGAGGAGGGCGACAUUGUGGAACAGAACCUCGUGCUGCUGCGGGACAAGCUCAAGCGCGAGAUGAAGAUCAAGGAAGGCAGCGAGAACAUGCUCGAGGCGCUCAACCUGAAAAAGGCCAAGCAGACAAAGGAGCAGCGCCAGAGGGUCGAGGCCGAGCUGACCGCCAGCCAUUCGCGCAUCAAGGUGCUCAAGCAGCAGAUCACGGAUGCCCAGGCCACCAAAGCGGCACCACCCAGCACGCCCCCUAGAAACCGAGCCCAGCAGGAUGCGGCGCUGCAUCGCUCACCGCAUAGCCUUCGAUCAGGUCCCGGGUCCGACAUCGAAGAGGCGACCGAGAACCCUACGUUUACCCUGGCUGAGCUCCUCCAGGCGCUCGAGGUCGGGGGUAUGACGCCCGACUAUUACGUGACUCGAGCCAACCUGCUCGUGGACCUCUUCAAGAGAUAUCCAACCCUCAAGUACGACCUGGUGUGGUCUGUUUUUGGCCUCCGCAUGCAGAUGAUGCUUCUCAGCGAAAGCCGAGAAGUUGUCGCGGCUGGCUACCGUGCGACGAGAUAUGCGAUUUCCGACCGAACCUCUCUUAAGAAGAUCAGGAGCUUGAACACGGACUUUUUAGUUAUCCGGUCGUUGAACAAUUAUCGCAAGGCAGAUGUUGAACGAGAGCAGGCUCUCAAGUUUGUCCGAGCAUUUCUUGACGUUAAGGACGGAGUCCAGGAGAUCUCGCGCGCCGUUGUGCGGACCAUCGUGGCCGUUGCUGAAUAUGGUGACGACCGAUCUGGUUCCGCUCAGCCUACUGAACAGAAUACCGAUCGCCUGCGGCCUAUCUGCAUCGAAACGUUAGCCGAGAUCAUGGUGCGAGAUCCUCGUCUGCUACUUGCAUCAGGAGGCCUUGGUCCUCUCUCUGAGGCUCUCGCUGAAGGAACGUACAAAGCCCCCGAGAGUCUAACGUCGGCCUUCCUCUAUCUCUUGGAUACCCCUCACAGGAGAAAGUAUAUCCAGCCGGGCUAUGGUCUGGACGUGGUUUUCAACUCCUUCACAAGCCAACUGGCCAGCAGCGACGUCGUGCUCAAGCAGAACUGCAAGGCCAUCUCCGUCGCCAUGCGAUCGUGGUCUGGUCUCAUGUCCCUCUGCAUGUACGACUUUCGGUCCAUUCGAUCCCUCGUCAUGAGCAUCUCUCUUCCGAACCCUGCCAUCCGAGAAACCAUCUUGGACUUGCUCUUCUCGUUGCUUCGGAUCAAGCCGCCUGCCUGGGCCGUGUCAUUCCUAGCAGGACGUAGGCUCACUACUUAUGGAAGAGUGAACAACCUCAAUAUGAAAGCCGAGACUAGGGACAGAGGGUAUCUGGAAGAAGAUACUGGAGAGCAGAAUUUCGUAGACCAUUACACAGCACUGAUUUUGGCGGUGCUCAUCAAAGCCGGGAUUAUUCCAACCCUCCUGCAGGUUGCCCGCUCCGAGAACGACACCAUGCUGAAGCGCAAGACGACCCUGUUGAUCGGCGAGGCGCUCAAGCUGGCGGCCAAGCUGCUCCCUCCAUCGUGGAGCGCAGAAAUACAACUCUUACCAGAACUCUUCUCGGCGGCCGCGAAAUUUGGCGACAACCAGUCCUACAUUGCAUCAAGCAUUGUAUACCAGAUGAGCAGCCUCAACCGCACAUUAUACCGAAGCGCGCCCACAGACUCCCUGGCUGGCAUUCUGCCUUCGAGCGACAGCAUGAACGAUCUAGCCCUCCUCGAGGACCAGCGCAAGGCGGGAUCUACAGUGGCCUUUGAUGAUGCCACAUUCCGCCAGCUUCUCAUCGACACCGGUGUGCUCAACAGCUCCAACUAUUCCAAAUGGAACUGGGAGAACAUCCUUAAAGUCAUCGAUGGCCCCCUCCAGGUCGGCAAGAGGCUUGAAGAAGCCAUCAAAGCAUCCAAGUUUAUGAAGCGGAUCAUGAGCUUUUACCGGCCCUUCAAGUACAAGUUUGCGGACGUGCGAAACACGCGAAACGCACAGAAGUAUGUCAGGGCUGGAUGUGCCCUGGUGCACUCUCUGCUGCAGUCGCCAGAGGGAGUCAGGUUUUUGGCGGAUAGCAAGUUGCUGAGGCAGAUUGCGGAAUGUCUGGCUCAGUGCGAUCCGACCAGCGGGCUUACUGCGCAGUAUCCUAUGUUCUCUAAAGACAGGCUUACAGACACCCUCUGCGCUGGCUACUUCCCUAUGCUCGGCGUGCUCACUGGCGACCCCAAGGGCUUGGCUAUGCUGGAAAGAUGGCGGAUGUUCAACAUGAUGUACCACAUCUACGAGCUGACCUCGCGCCCUGACCUUAUCAAACUGCUCCUCUCCAGUUUCGACUACAGUCGUCAGGGCCAUCAUCGCAUCCUGCUAUCGAAGGCGCUGACGGCGGGCACAAAGGAGAUUCGCAUACACGCCACAAACACUCUUCGAAAAUGCACACUGCGAAGAGUGCCGUCCAUUGACGGCCGUGGCGAGUUGAGCGACUCUAGAUGGGCCAUCCAACUUCUGGUCACCCAGCUAUACGAUCCGGAGAUUGAGGUGUGCUCUACUGCUGUCAAGAUCUUGGAGAAGGCUUGCAACAGAAAAGCCUACUUGGCGUAUAUCGUUGAGUGCCGGCCGGCUUUGGAUCACCUUGGCGAAAUUGGAGCGCCACUCUUGCUGCGAUUCCUAUCAACAUCCAUUGGCUAUCACUACCUUGACGGUCUAGACUAUAUCAGUAACGAAAUGGAUGACUGGUUUUUGGGACGAAACGACACCUACGUUGGCCUUAUCGAAGCUAGCUUGGCCAAGGCCUUCCUAACAGACACAGACGAACAACAUCAUCGCCUCAGUGUAUUUGACGAGCACGAAGCGGAGACCGACUAUCACGACAGCCACAUCCCCCCUCACUUUUACCGGGAGCUGACGAGAACCCAAGAGGGAUGCAAGUUGCUUAGUGACAAGGGCCACUUUGAGGAGUUUGCCAAUACCAUUCGUGAACAUGGCAUGCAAUCUGAGGAUCCAGAACUGAUCACAAAGGUCAAGGGCUGCCUUUGGGCGGUGGGUAACGUGGGCUCCAUGGAGCUCGGUGCGCCAUUCUUGGAGUCUACCGAUAUGGUUGAGCAGAUUAUCAAAAUUGCAACAAGCCACGAAGUAAUGAGUCUACGAGGAACGGCCUUUUUCGUUUUGGGCCUCAUUUCUCGAUCGACUCAUGGACUUGAGAUUUUAUCGGAGCACGGAUGGGAUGCCAACACGACGCUGAUGGGCAACUCUCUUGGAUAUUGCAUUCCUUCCGACCUGUCGAAGCUGUUUUCACUUGCCCCGUGGCAUCACGAGACGGCUGCUUCCAUCAAGCUGCCGGAGUCACAAUGCACCAUACGGGAGCAGCCCCCGCCGCGACCCGCUCGACCGCCACUGGAACUUUCAGAGAUGCCCCCCCUUGUCAACGACGUUGCCAUCAGCGAACGCAUCCUCGAGCUCAUAGUGGAUCUAGGGAACACCGUCCUGUAUCGCAAAGCUGUCACUGAGCUGCAGAAGAUCAAGGCUCGCAAGCCGAUGGCUUUCCGCAGCGCGGAGUUCUUCAAAACAGUCAUGGGUCUGAUGGAGUGGAAUCACUACAGGCUUGGUGUCCGAAGAAUGGUGAUUGAUUUAUUCGAAAAGACUGUUAUGCGUCAAAUCGUUUUCGACGAAGACGAGAGUGACAGCAGCGAGGAAGACGAAAGCAGUCAGGUGGAGGCGGAAGACAGUGCUAGUUCCGGAGAGGAUAGGGACGAUAGAACGGAGAGGCAGAGGAGCAUCAGCGAGCCCACGGAGCCGUUGCCGAACCUGAUUCCUGCGCCUCUCCGAGUCCGACGGUGA